UCCGUUUUCUUAUAUUAUUCUCUUUCUUGCGAAGAGGAGAAGAGAACGAAAGGUGUUGUCUUUGACACGCACAUUGUAUAUGGCUAUGGCUAUAGAGAAAUUCUCAAUGUCAAUGUCCACACAAAUGCAAGAUCAACCCUCAAACCCUACCACGAAUCCCAUUUCCAAUUCCACUUUCAUUCCCAAUCCCAUGACUCCCCACAACAAUGCCGCUCCUCCUCAUCCGCAGACGACGUCUUCCAUGUUUGAGAACAUGAGGAGCGGGACCCACCACAGGAGAGCCCAUUCGGAUGUUAGCUUCCGGCUGCCUGAAGACAUGGCGGAUCUCUCGCCGUCCGAUCCGUUCAACGGAGUCGGAGUCGGAGUCGGAGGCGGAGGAGGUGGGUCUUCCGCGGCUAGCCUGGAGGAGAUGGGAUCGGAGGAUGACCUGUUCUCGACCUACAUUGACGUCGAAAAACUCGGUACGGAUCAGAGUGGCGGAGAAGGAAAUGCGGGAGGAGGAGGAGGAGGAGAGAGGGGUGUCAAUCGGGCUAGGCAUAGGCAUAGCAGCUCCGUCGAUGGGUCCUCCACUACGACGUCGUCCACCAGCGUUUUUGGGGAGAUUAUGGAUGCCAAAAAGGCCAUGCCUCCGGAUAAGCUCGCUGAGCUAUGGACCCUCGAUCCCAAGCGUGCCAAAAGGAUAUUGGCGAAUCGCCAGUCUGCUGCCCGCUCAAAAGAGAGGAAAGCCCGCUAUAUACAAGAACUUGAGCGCAAGGUUCAGACCCUACAGACAGAAGCCACCACUCUUUCUGCCCAACUAACCCUAUUUCAGAGGGACACAACUGGUUUGAGUUCCGAAAACACGGAGCUUAAGCUUCGGUUACAAGCUAUGGAGCAACAGGCUCAGUUGCGUGACACUCUGAAUGAUGCACUGAAGAAGGAAGUUGACAGGCUCAGAAUUGCCACCGGCGAAAUAAUGAGCCCUUCUGAAUCAUUUAACUUGGGAAUGCACCAGAUGGCAUACACCUUAUCACAAUUUUUUCCUCUUCCACAACACCCAGGACCUGCUGGCCACCAGAACAUGCAGUUGCCAUUCAAUCAUUCCCAAUCUAGCAUGUCAGCUCAACAACUGCACCAAUCAAAUUCUCAUCCGCUCUCAGAAAUGAGGCAGAAUGACCCUCUUGGCCGAAUGCAGGGGCUUGACAUUAGUGGCAAAGGAUCAUCUCUUGUGAAGUCUGAAGGCCCCUCGCUUUCUGCCAGUGAAAGUAGCUCCACAUUUUGACACAAGCUGGCUGCUAAGCUGCUGACCUGCUGACUUGUUUAUGGCACGCCUUUCUAGUAGAUUGUUUAUAGACUUGACAUCUAGUCAUCUAGUCAUCUAGAGAAGGUACUCUGUUAUUCUAUUAUUUAUUCCAUUUGUGCGAUGGAUUGAUUCUUAAUUGUUUAUUCUUAGGGUUAUUCCCCAAAAAGGGGUAAGCUCCCUUAGGUUAGUUGCUAUGUUCAUGUAAAAAAAAAAGUUGCUAUGUUCAUGUCAUUUAUUCAGUAUGGGAUUGAAGGGUCAAUCCCAUUGGGGUUGGGAUGCUAGCAUCAUGUCGUCCUAUCCUUUGUAUUUGGUUUGAAUUUGAUACCAUGUGAACUUUGUCGCUAA